AAAAACACAAUUGAAAACUAUUUUGUUUGCGUGGACUAAGUUCAAACAUAGCUGGUUUUCACCUCAGACAGUAAGUGUGUGAUUGCUUCCCUUUGUUAUUAUUAAGACAUGACCUUGAUAUUCUGUCUGCAGAAGAUGAAACAAAAACAAAUUUUGGCAAACAUGUCAUACAAAAGUUAACAUUUUGAAAAACACAUCUAAAGAUGGAUCUAUAGCUUUUUAGAUGCUGACAAAAGGAUCACCUCAACACAAAGCGUUUAAUCAUACUUCGAAGUGAUGCAAAUAGAGAACUGUAUGCAGGCAGUGGAUCUUGUGUAGAGCUGUGACGGGUGCAACAGCACUCCAGUCCGGGUAAAUCACUGAUGGCAGAAUGGAGGAUCCCAAUAAUCAAACAACUCCUUUAAGAACACGGUCUUCUUUAGAAAAUUUUAACUGGGAACUGCAAUGUUUCAUUUGUGGAGAAAAAUGUGAUCCAAAAAGGGACAAUAAUUCAAAAGGUUAUUCUAGAAGUUGGUCAUUUAUUGAACAAUCUAAUUCAAUAGAUCCUAAAACAAUAUACUCAAAGGUCUUAGAUUUUGCAUAUAAACGUCAUGAUGAGCGUGUUAUUAAUCCUCUUCCAUAUGGUGAUCUUGUUGCUGUUAAGGCUAAAUACCACCGAAAAAAGGGUUGACUUGCAAGCUAUUACAAUACUGCUGAUUUAAACAUUGAAAAGGGUGACAUAUACAAUAUCACUUACAAGAAAGUUGCCAAAACUUUGAAAGUAGAAUUUGAACACACAGUCAUUGUUUAAAAAAAAAGUUGUUAAAUUUACCACAUUACGACAAAGAUUUAUACAGCUCUGUAUUGAUCAGGAAUGCCAUGAAGCUGAAAAUUACAAAACAUCUUACCUUAAAAAACUAUUGAGUGAAAUUUGGCCCGAAAUAUCGUUUAUUCAUAAGAGGGGAAAAACAGAUCUUGUGUGUCGUCGACAAAAACACUCCAGGAUGCAAGGGACCUUGUUAGAUCAUUUCGACACAAAACAACGCCUGACUGUCUCAUAAAUUUUGCUACAGGAGCACAUGCAGAGGAUGAUGUGGAAACAUCUUUGACAGAUUGUAUUGAAACCGGCAAGAAAAUGUUCACAAAAUUUGUUAAAGAUAGGCUUAUAUUGAUAAAUGAUACCACAGAAAAAGACUUUUAUACACCUAUGGCAAGAAGUUGUGUUAAAACUAUGUCACAAAGCGCAUUAAAGAAGCAGAAGACACAGAAAUCACAAGUGUGUGGAGAAAACAUGUUUCAAAGACGUUUAGCCAUAAAUGCAAACAAGAAAGUUCUGGCAGAGAGAUUAUUUUCCUAUGAAAAUGCAACUGUACCAGUCAGCAUGUUUUCCGAGGAAGGAAAAAUGAUAAUAGCCAAAAAAUCAGCAUUCAUGCAUAAGAUUGAAGGUCUUUUGACUGAUGUCCUGCAUGAUAUGGAAAAACCAGACACCAUUAUUUUUGAAGGAAUGGCAAUUAUACAGUCAAUUGUUAUACAGUCUGAACAAAGCACAUUCAAAGAUAUGACAACAUUGUUUGAAAAAUACAUUGUGUCAACAUCCCGCAAAUACAAAUCUGUACAACAAAUCCAUAUCAUUUUUGACACAUAUAGUGAAAAUAGCCUGAAAGAAGAAACAAGACGACGUAGAGGAGACUAUGAGUCAUCUAGCAAGGUGCAUGUUCACAGCAGUUUGAAAAUUCCCACAACCUGGAAGAAAUUUUUAAGUUCAUCAGCAAAUAAAGUAAGUUUAACACAAUAUUACACCGGCUUUUUAAAGGAAAACUCAAAUCUGAAAACUCAUGAAACGAUCUUCAUUAAUGGCGGAGCAGACACAGAGUGCCUUGAAAUUACAACAGAUGGUUGCCGAAAAAUAAAGGUUCUUCAAUCAAAUCAAGAAGAAGCUGACACGCUUAUGAUGCUACAUGCCAGAUAUGCAGCAGAUAUAGGUGGAACCUGCAUUGUUGUACAUUCACCGGACACGGAUGUUCUUGGACUGGCUCGGUCUUUUACAUAGGUUGCCAUUGUGAAGAAUUUUUCAUGAUAUGAUAACUUAGACGAUGCUUCGCAGCAUCGUCAAAAACGUUUCAUUCCAAUCCAUGAUGUUGUUCACAAGCUGACUGAAGAUCAUAUGAAAAUCCUGCUGACAGUUUAUUGUAUCACAGGAUGUGAUACAACCAGUGGGUUUAAUGGGAAAGGGAAGAAAAAAGUAUUCAAUUUGUUCAUGAAAUAUGCCAAGACUUUCCAGAAUUUGCAUGAUAUAGGUGAACAAUUGAACCUUCAGAAGUUACAAAAGGAUGCCUGUGAAAAGUUUGUUGCUCUCCUAUAUGGAAAUGAAAACCUUACAUUGAAUGAAAUCAGACGCAUUCGAGCUGCAACAUCAGCACAUCCCAAAGCCUUGCCUCCAACCAGAGACAGUUUUUAUCUACACUGUCUCAGAUGUCUUCUACAGCUCUGGAUAUGGCACCAUUCCCUGGUUGCAAAACAUGACUUGCCAUCACCAACAUUGUUUGGUUAUCAUUUUGAUAGCAACAACAAUUUAGUUCCAACAAUGAUGAAUCAACCAAUUGCUGCUCCAGAGCUUCUCAAUGAUCUGAUGUGAGGCUGUGAAAUAUGUGAGGACUUGACAUGUCGCUGUUUUAUAGACAAACAGCCAUGCACAGCAGCCUGCAAGCGUACUGCAAAUAUGCACACACAAGAUAUGCUUUGUGCCAAUUUGCAUACCUUGACAUUAGUGUUUGAUCAAGAUAGUGACAUUUCUGAUACUAAAGCUUGAUGUGUGUUCAAACAGCAGUAAAUAGACGGUUUGACAGUUGCAUUAGGAUUUAAAAUAAAUUAUAAAAUAGCAUAAUUGAUAAAAAUAACUUAUUUCACAUAAAUCAGAAAACAUAUUUUCCAUUUAUUACCUUGAUAUAACCCAAACAAUUAAUAAAAUAAUAACAUAUGGUCAAGUGUUUUCCAAAUUUUUUGUCAUUUUAUAGGUCAAACACAGUUCACUAAAUCUUGUUAUUAUUGUCAACACGUUAGAAAAGUCGGUAUUGUAAGUACAAUGUACACUUCUCAAUGCCAUUUGUUCAUUGUCUGUAUUGCUGUGACAUGAUAUUGUUUUUUCCAUAGAAAGACUGAACUUAAAGUUUACCGAUGUAGUGCUCUAGUAUAUGUUACUUGUUGACUUCACACUACUUGAUUAUGAAAUAUAAUGUAUUAUCUUCAGAGAUGCAAUAUUGAGUAUCUAUUGAGAUUUGCUUGUAUUUCUGUAUUACAUACUUAACAAUAGUAUUUAUGUUAAUAUUGAUUUAUUCGAGUUUUAAAAAUGAAGAAAAAAAAUCGAAUGACACAAGUGGUUUGUAACCUUUAACAUAUUAGUAGAAUGCAAUCUUUCGUUUUUUUAUUUACAUCCAGUUGGUAAAACAUUGUUAAGAAGUAUGUUCAAAGAUUGUUAUAUUGUUCAUAACUGUAAUUGUAUGUCAUUGCACAAUAAUUUUGACAUGUUCAUCUUAUUUGAAAAUAAUGUAUAAAACAGUAUGAUUUAUAUACAUGUAUGUGUCACAAAACACAUGUGAGGUGGUUCGAAAAGGCAUUUCUGAAAUAAAUAAAUGAAUGUUUUGUGAUGUUACAUCCCUUUAUUGUAGUCAGUGAAUGGUUUUGUCAAUCUAAAUGACAGUUUUUUUUGUAUUAAUCAUUAUUUUCUUAAAUACUUAUCUACAAAUUGAUAGAAUAAUAAUGACCUAAGAACAUGUACAAGAUAUAAGUGGUGUGUAACCUUUAACAUUGUAAUAGUGUGUCACCUGUUUUAAAUUAAACAUCUAGUUGAUAAAAAGUUUAUUAUUGGUUUAAAUGAUUGUUAUAUUAUUUGAAGCAAUUGAUUGUGUGUGUCAUUUCACCAUAACCAUAACCAUGACAUGUGCAUCUUAAAUAUAAUAUUGUAUCUAACAGUAUGUUUUAUAUAUGUGUCACAAAACACAUGUUAGCUUGUUCUAAACUGCAUAACUGAUAUAUUUUAUGAUUGUUAUGUAGUGUAAAAUCUAUGAUAAUACUCAGUAAAUGAUUAUGGUAAUAUAAAUGACACUGUUUUUGUAUUAUUUAUUAUUUUCUUGCAUUUAAGUAUAAAACAAGUUAUAAUAGACACUAUUUUGACCUUUGACCUUCGUUUUGACCUUGACAUUUUUUUAUUUAUGAACUGAGUUGUUAUUAAUAAUGUAUUGUAUAAAUAUACAAUAUUAAAUAUGUAUUUUUAAUACAUUAUGGUGUUGUUAUUCAAAAUAAAUUUUAUUUAAACUAA